AGAGAGAAAGUGUGUGCAAGAGAGACUUGCAAAAAACAAGGCCUAUCUCUGUGCACGUCGCUCCUCUGGGAAGGAAGGGGCUUGAACAGUGACAAUAGACCAGGGGCGCUGACUCAGACGGCCAGUUCCUGUUCAUUUCCCCUCGCUGCAGGACAGCAGCUAAGCAGGAGGUCAGCCCUCAUAUGACUCUGACUUGGGACUGUGGCUGAGAUCCUUUCUUAGAGAGAAAACAAGCCCAAAUCACAGAUAGCUCCCCUCACUGGUCCGCUGUGACUAGGGGGACAGGACCAGUGAGCCUGUGGGCGGAGGGCAGGAAGUGGGAAAGGAGAAAGAGGAAACUCACUUUUUGAAUCUUGAGUAGCUUUCCCUGAGCUGGGCUGCCCUGGGACAACUUCACUGGGCAGACUGACUCAGCCAGAGUGCUGGGCAAUGGGGUUCGGGAAGAGUCCCUGGGUGCCCCACUGAGGAGCCUGGGGAGAAGGUUUGGAACAGUGGGGAUCCCCUUGACUCCCGGACCCCAGUGUGGACCCACCACACACUUCUCUGUUGUAUGAGGAUUGGCUGGAGGUAGAUCCUUGAUUUUCCACACCACUGGGAUGGAGAGAACUGAGCCUCUCACCCUCUUCUGGACCCGGGGAGCUGCAGCUAACUCGGGUCGGGAAAAUGCGACAGCGACUGCCCACUCGAGGUCGUCAUGGCGACAGCCAGUGAACGUGUUCCUCUCCUCAGGCAGGCCCCCGAGUGUAGAGGAGCUGCUUCGAGAGGCGCAGCUCAAUCUCCAGAGCCUGUUGCAAGAAGAAUAUGAGGAACAGUACUCAGAGGCCAGACUUCUGGGGCAGACCUUCCGCUCUUCUGAUGAGGCCCCUGAGCCCACCCCCAGCCCAAGGCUCCAGUCUGCCAGGCGUCUGGAGUUUGUGUUGAUGCCAACAAAACGGCAGCUGAGUGAGGAUGAGACUACCACCCAGGGUGUGAGGGCCCCCGAGGCCACCCUGAGCCUGUCUACAACCAACAAGCAAAUUGCCUGGAAUGGCCCCUUCCCUCUACCCAUCCUACAGGAGAAGCGGUGGCCUCAGCCCUGCUCCACGCAGUCUGACCUUGUGCCCAUCAACAUCUCUGGGCAGCAGUUUGAUAAACAUGCAAGUUUGCGACACUCGUUGUUUAACACAGAGACAGCUGUGAACCCCAAGUCCACCCUGAGGCGGAGGAGGACCAUUAUUGGAUUCUCUAACUAUUCCCAGCGAGACCAAGGUCACAGCAGCAGCCCAGCAGGCAGCGUGGAUCACUCUACCGCCUCACACGCCAGGCCCAGCCACUCAGCUCCACAACGUGUUCAUGGAAGAGUCGCCAUUGGGCAGGAAGCUCGGUUCCCAAAUCUCACUUCACCAGUACUGAGAAAUCUUUCUAGUGAGCCUGAGGACCCUCAGGCACAUAGUGACCAAGACCCUCCUAGCAUGGAGAGCAUGGGAAUAGUGUAUAGCGUCCCCAGCUCUUGCAAUGGGCCAACAGAAUCGACGUUCUCCACUUCCUGGAAGGGAGAGGCUUUUACCUACAUGACUCCAAGUGCCAUCAGCCAGAGCAAUCAAGUCAAUGAAAAUGGAAAAAAUCUUUCCUCGGGAAAUUCUUGGGUCUCUGUGAACACACACCCGCCCCUUGUUCCUAAGGAGGCAGCUACUCUCUUCGUUGCCUGUGAUAAUCCAGAAGGAUGUAGUGGAUUAGCCAGCUACUCUGAGCACCCUACUCAACAAAGGCAAGUACCAAAAAGACCCCACAAGAUUGGCCUCCUGACUGGUGGUACCUUGAGGCUGGAGACAGGCCCAGGUGGGGCCAAUAGAUUCAGGGAGCGGUCUCUGUCUGUGCCCACAGAUUCAGGCAUCACCGAUGGGAACUGUGAUCAAGAGCAGAAGGCUAGUGAGGCCUGUGCCCUGCCUUAUGCCAGUACAAGCUCUGAGGGCAGCAACAGUGCUGACAACAUUGCCUCCCUCAGUGCUGAGCAGGAAGCUCGGCACAGAAGGCAGAGGUCCAAGAGUAUCUCUCUCAGGAAGGCUAAAAAGAAGCCUUCCCCACCGACCCGCAGUGUCUCACUGGUCAAAGAUGAGCCAGUCCUGUUGCCAGAAGGUGAGUCUGCACUGCCUAAAGACCAGAGGCCAAGAAGCCUUUGCUUUUCCUUGGAACACCAAGGACAUCACUCAUCCCACCCAGAUACUCAGGUUCACCCAGCUGUGCCAACCCUCAAAGAUCCAGAAGGUACACAGUUCUCCCAUCACUGGUAUCUAACUGACUGGAAGUCUGGUGACACCUAUCAAUCCUUGUCCAGCUCUAGCACUGCCACUGGCACCACAGUCAUUGAGUGCACCCAAGUUCAGGGUAGCUCAGAGUCCCUUGCCUCACCUUCCACCUCCAGAGCCACAACACCUUCCCAGCUCUCCAUUGAGGUGGAGGCCAGGGAAGUCUCCUCUCCAGGAAGGCCCACUGGACUGAUGUCACCCUCCAGUGGAUACUCCAGCCAGUCUGAGACUCCAACACCCACUGUCUCCAUGUCCUUGACCCUGGGCCACUUACCCCCACCAAGUAGCAGUGUCAGGGUACGUCCAGUGGUACCUGAGAGGAAAUCAUCAUUACCUCCGACAUCACCAAUGGAGAAAAUUUCCAAGUCACGGCUGUCAUUUGACCUACCACUGACCUCUUCAACUACCCUGGAUCUGUCUGGGAUGAGUAUCUCCAUCCGCAGCAAAACCAAGGUGAGCCGCCAUCAUUCAGAUACCAAUUUUGCGGCAAAGCUGGCACAGAAAACUAGUCCCAACCAGCCGAUCAUGCCCAUGGUGACUCAGUCUGACCUACGUUCUGUUCGCCUAAGGUCAAUCAGCAAGUCUGAGCCAGAAGAUGAUACUGAGAGCCCAGACUACACUGAGGAACACGAAGCAGAAGAAGUCUUUUCCUUGCUGGAGAGAAAAGUGAAACCUCCCAUAGCUGAGAAGCCACCACUGGCCCGAAGGCCCCCAAGCUUGGUCCACAAGUCACCAUCUGUCCCUGAGGAAUACCCACUAACUUUGCCUACCUUGGCUAUGACCCCCAAGAGCACCACUCAACAUGUGAGGCCACCCCUCCAAGAAAGCUAUACGGUGGUUCGGAAACCAAAGCCCCCUAGCUUCCCUGACAGCAGAAGCCCAGGGGAACCAACAACACCCUCGUCUCUUGUUUUCACGCCUUUUCCAAGUUCCUCUGGUGCUUUUUUCUCAGGAACACAGCGACCUCCCGAGGGAAGUAUGGAGGAUGAGGGCCCCAAGGUGAGAGCCUUGCCUGAAAGAAUUAGCCUCCAGAGCCAGGAAGAAGCUGAGAAAAAGACAGGAAAGAUUCCACCUCCUGUACCAAAAAAGCCCAGCGUGCUCUACCUGCCUCUCGCCUCCCCUGUAUCUCAGAUGGAGUUCCACGUGGCAGAAUCAAGGCUGCCGCUGAGCCCCAUCAUCACCCUGGAGGAAGAUACCAAGUGUCUUGCCACCGGAAGUGACCUGCAAUUACCUGGUAAAAGAAUGACUUCCGCUCUGCAGGCUGACAGAAAAAAGGCAAGCUCUCCAGGGAGUUCUGUGGAACCGAGCACUGAAGAGAAGAGUUUAAUCAGUGAUAAAACAGCUGAAUGGAUUGCGGAGGAGGAUGAUGACGUCUUUGUGGCUGCACGCACAACUGAAGAUUUAUUUACUGUGAUACACAGGUCCAAAAGAAAGCUGCUUGGCUGGAAGGAGCCUGGGGAGGGCUUUGCAAGCAGCCGACCGAGCUCUCACUCACCAGGAAAGAACACAGCCGAUUCUCCCAUUAGUGAGUCUACUGCUGCUGCUGCUGCUGCUGCCACCACUACCAUGGGAUCAAGCAGCAGUGCCAGUCUAGACGUGGGCAGAAACGAUGAUUUCAAGGCCUUGCUCCAGAAGAAGGGAAGUAAGGCAACUCCGAGGUCCCGGCCCUCAGCAGCCGAACUGCUGAAGACCACUAACCCGCUGGCUCGGAGAAUCAUUGCACAGUUUUCAAAUGACUAUGAAACCACUGAUAACCCCAGUUCCUAAGCCCUGGCUUCAACAGGCAGGGCUUACUUGCUCAAUUUGAGAUUAGGGAGGGAUAGAAAGGGUUUGGGAAGGGAACCAUGGAAAUAACAAAAGAGCCUGCUUUUUCAGACAUUAACUUACACUCUGGAUGGCAGGAGAGAGGCCAUUUCAAUUAGAGCUGAGACCAUCAGGCACUUGAAUCAUCUUUGGACAUUUUGCAUAUCCACACUUUCACCCUUAUCAGGACUGAAGACCAAGUCUCUUCCUUUUCCUCCACUGGUGUGCACCAAAAAAGAAGAAAUUCUCAGAUGCAAGGGCUCAUGUGCCACCUUUUCAGUCUGUGUCCUGGCUGCUCCAUCCCUGGCUCCUGUCACUGAGGAGCACAGUGCGAGAGCAGAUCCGAGGUUGACAACCUCUGGGAGUGAGGCAGAAGGUGUCAUUGCUGAUUAUUCACUCUCCUAGGUAGGACUUGGUGGCCAUAUGUAGAGACACAGAAAGACACACCAAGGCUCCUGAACCACAGUGGGACUCUUCCAGGGAGAGUUUCACAGUUGUGCACUUGUUUCAGCAUGGGGUUGAUUGGAUGACCUUUGUGGUACAAAAUAUGAAUGUGACCCUGUCCUGAAACUUCAUUCCUUUUUCAGUUUGAUUGUCUACACGGAGAUCAGGGUGAUGUGUUUCAAUACAUUUAUAGACUGACACCCCCCACACACACUGCUGCCACUGCCCAUUAGGUAGAAAAGGUCAGAACUGCAUGGCUUUGGAUGAACCAAGUUCAGCCAACAAAUGAGGCAGCCAUGUGGUCACUCAGAUCUGUCCAAGCAACUUGCACAUGCGUCUUGAGGUCCUUCACGUGUCUGCCAGGAUCUGUGCCUAGCUCAUGCUACAUUCUAAGAACUCUCAUUUCAUUUGCAUGUAACAUUCAUUACAGGAAGUAAUUAGCUGAAGGAUCAGCAUCAUCAAAGGCUCAAGGAAGAUAGAAAGUAAAUUCAUCUUGCUCCACACUAUUCAAUUCAGAUCGCAUUUUGUGGUUGAUUGGAUUUUGAUUAAGGAAGUCUGACUCUUCCAAAAACUAAGAACCUAUAGACUAAAAGUAUCUAGCCAAAAUCUAAAAGGCAUCUUUGCCAGUUGCCAUGGCCCACAAAGCACACAAAAAUGGGCCACUUUUUGCUAUUUACAUUCUGUUUGACUAACUUUCAGUUAGCUGGGAAAGAAUGUAAGAACUCAGAGACAUGGGAUACUGCAGGAGUUCCAGAACAAUCGUUGUGACUCCCUUCCCCUCCAAAGCCUAAUAGGCACCUAACUAUUCUUGUCAGCUCAGUUUUCUAAGGACAGCAAGAGCAGUGACUCAUUUGAUUUCCAUAUGCCUGAUUUUUGGGAUCUUGGGGGUCAGACAGACCCCCAAGCUUUUAAAAAGACAACCUGCUGACCAAUGUUGGAAAGUUCAUUGUCUGCUCAUCCCAAGAGGCAGAAAGAAAAGUCAAAUGAAAUUGUAACUUGCUUCACAGAGUCUUCUCCAACCCCUUCCUCUUUCACUACUGAAGCCAACAGAUUUGUUUGCAUCCAGGUUGCAGAGAGAGACAAAAACAGAUCUCAAUUUUGGUAGGUCGAGUUUGUCAUCAACAAGAAGCAAAUGCUCAGCUCAACUACCCACACUCCAGGCAAACAAAGCAGCUGAGAAGCCACACUGAGUUCUGAGAAGAUGUGGGCUUUUCACAUAGAAACCCUGGGGCUAGGCCUUUGGUUGAUCUAGUUCUGAAAUCUAGAUUCAUGGGAACAGGCAAGGCCCACCUACUGUCUUGCAAUCAGCAUUUCCCUUGAUUUAGAAAGAAGCCAUUUAAAAUAAUAGAUGAAUAAUAAUGAAAGCCCAGUUGCUUUUGAAAGUAUUUGAACUAUUUAUUUUGAAGGUCUUAACCAAGUUUCAGAGAUUUUUGCCUGAAAUAAAACGGAUUCAUUCCCGGCCUUGGUUUAUGUGUGAAUGCCACACUUACCUGGCACAGACUCAGAAUCAAGACAGAACCAUUUUCCUCUGUCCCUACAGAGGAAUGAAGGAGCAUUUAUGCUUUUGCCUAAUAAAAUCAAGAGGCUUCCGGAGCCUUCUCCUUAGGAACCAUUAUGAAUUACCUAUAGCUGAACUCUAAAGUAUGAGAGAAUGGGAUUCACAUUGUAUAGGACCUCUGUUACUUCUGCUGAGUUUUUCUGGAAGCUUUUUAUUUACUUCCAGUGGGUUUUUCCCUCUCCCCUUACAUUGCUACCUCUGGAGAUUUUCCCAAGAUUCUAAAGCUGGACACCCAGAACCUCAAUGUUUUUCAGUUACCUUUAUUCUUGUUUUCCUCUACAAAAUUGUAUGCCUGGAAUUAUUAGAACAUUUUCUGCAUCAUUUCUGUAGCCCUCACAUGCCCACUUAAUGUCCCCAUUAGUUUAAGAGGAUUUGGAACAGAUUGUACAGUCAGAAAUAACACUGAGGACUAGAAAUACUCAUUUAAUACUUUGCAUCAGUGCACCUAGUUCCAAACAAACAACCAAAGCAUAAAGUUUCUAAUAAUCACUGAUUAACAGAACACCAAGCAUCUUUCCUACUCCUAACACUCAACCACUCUCUGCCCUUGAUUAUCAAAACACCAACUCUCUCUCCCACCUAGGCACUUACCAGAGUGUUUGCUGCCUUCUGAGCCCACUCUGCCUGCCAAGAUUGGAGAAGACAGCCCAAAGCCCCUCUCAGGAAGGCUUUCAGAGAAGCUACUACUACUAUUACUAGUAACAAGUAAUUAUGAGGAUAAUGUUUCAAGGUGAAAUAUACAAGAAGUUGGAAGGAAGCAGAGUUGACCCCAGGAGGUCAGCUUCCACUUCAAGCCGUUGCUGUAUCCUUGUUUCCCUCCACUUCCAACCAAUAGAGCAGUUGGCUAUGCUAGACUGGGCUUCAUUGGAGUCAGGAGUAGAGGGAGCCAUCCUUGGGAGAGGCAGUAAAUUGAUAUCUAAGAAUGCUUUGCACUUGGUGGGUAUUCACUACAUAUUUGUGGCUCAGAUGGGGGAGAUAGAGAGCAUGUUCUCGGUAUACUAGCAAGCUUUGUUGGCGUCUCUGCUUCCUGGGCUGGGUCUCGUGCCUGGGCCUCCCACAUGGCCUCUUCAGCCCCAGUACCAAUGAAUUUUAUCCCUAGCCAGAAGCUCAGUCAUGAAGGAAACAAGGCCAUAGGCAGCCAACUAGUCCACAUUAGUUUAAAGACCACAAGUUGACCAGCUGAUCUGGAAAAAUUACCUUGAAUGUGCAAAGACAGGAGAACUUCCAAGGCUCUCCUAAUAAGCAUUUUGCCUGACAUCCAUUUUAUCUGGAUAGAUCAUACAGAUCCAAUUUGCCAUUUCUCAGUAUCUGUCAUUUUGAACAGACCUGUCCAUGCAACUGCCACCUUCCUCAUUUCUGAAUGAGUUGGGAAAAAGACAUGUUCAUGCUCAGUUUCUCACUUGUUCAACCUGCCAUGUUUGCCAGGUUUGUGACACAAUGGUGAGCUUUCACUCUACUAUGAUUUGCCAGGGCCAGGACUAGGGUGAGAUGAGCAAGGCACUGUGGGUGCACACUUUAAGGAGGCACGUGCUCAUGGGGCUAUGCGAGUGCCUCGCUCUUGUCCCAGCCCUGUGACUUGCACUCUGUAAGUAACAUCAGUUUUCCUUUUUCCAAGUAUCUUCUUAUUGGAGAGGGGAGUGACUCUCUGUUCCAGACAAAAUGUUUAAUUGCUAUCUAUUUUUCCAUUCAUUGCUAGAAGCCUUUGUAUGCCUACUCAUUAAAGAACCUUCAGUAUUUGAGGAAAACAUAGUUAAUUUCUAAGUUACCUGCUCUAUAUGGCAAGUUAGCACCCAUUUCAGUAGAAACAUCCACAGAGACAGCUCUUCAGCAAAUAGGGAAUGAGUUGGAGGUCUGUCCCUAUGACCCUCAGUUUCCUUAUUUCUGCUCACUUUUCCCCCUGACUUUGCAUCCUGGCAUAGAUUCUCAGCGCCUCCUACUUUGUUCUCCUCCUCCCUAAGAAAAACAUGCUCUCAGGAAAGGGAUAAAUUCAUUUACUUUGAGAUUAUAAGGCUUAAUGCCACCUCUUUUGAGGGUCGCUUGCAUUUUAACAGGGGAAAAGCCUUACACCAAAGGAAUGAUGUUCUACUUGCAGAAUAUUAGACAUCAGCUAGUUGUAGAAGUGGUUUGUUUGUUUGUUUGUUUGUUUACUAUGGAUAGGCCAGAUUCUCUGACAGCUAACUCCAGAGCAUAGAAAAGACCUUUAUCAAUGUGGUUAGUAACUGAUGGUCAAUUAAAUAGUCCGAAUACCCAGAGCUAUUCAAUAUGGUUAUUAAUAAGGGACUCUCAGGAAUGGCUACUAAAAGCCACUGGGAAGGCCUAGAUUAUUCAUUUUGUACAUUAACAUGUUUACGUAAAUAGACUUAAUACCAUUUAUCAUUUGAGUAAAAGAACACAAAGAUUUAAGGAGGUUGUGAAUAUGUGUCCUAUUUGUGAAGGGUGAAAAACUGAUUAUGUCCAGUCAACAUCAGUCAUACAGUAUUAGUAGUGAUUAUUUAACUUACUGGAGAUUCAACUUUAUUAAACCCAUGCCUCUGCUUCCCCACCAAGCUAUUUAUCUCUGUUAUGUGCAAUCACUUCAGCUUGAUGUGAGAAUGAGACCUGUACCACAACAUCCAUUUCCUUCAAAGCCUUCAUCUGUAUUUCAGCUAUAAGUGACAAAGAUAUUAGGGAUUUAAAAGGAUGACAGAGUGGGAAGGAGGUACAAAGAAGUGCCUUUGUCGAAGGGCAGCAAACAGUAUAAUGAUGUAAACAAUUAUGUGAAAUAAGCAACAUUUUAGAAUACUUGGAAAUAGAUUUAUAGAAGACUACAGUAGAAAAUGGUUAUGGACAUAUGUUUAGGGCACUUUUUAUAAGUUAAGCAAAAAGAAACUUGCACGAGUAAUGGGUUACAUAAAAUAGGUAAUACUUUUGUUCAGUAAAGUGCAAAAAUCUAGGCCAGUGGUUCCCAGGACCAGCAACAGCAGCAAUCCUGGUAUGUGUCUGUCUGUGUGCGUGCAUGCAUAUGUGCGUGAGUGUGUGUGUGUGUGUGUGUGUGUGUGUGUUUUCCAAUGAUACUACUCUUUCAAGCCCCUGAAUCACUAUAACCAGGACUCCAUCUGAUCCCAACCUUUCCCAUUGUUUGAGCUUUCAUGACAGUGAUCAAUCUCUGACCAAGAGAUGUACUAUAGAAUCAUCUUGUUGGUCAGGCACACAUUUGUUUGGUAUUAAGAAAUUAUUAGAUUGAAUCAACUCUGCAAUCAAUUCCAUCUGCAAAACCUUUGGUUUGUCUUAACUAACACAUUUGGCCUGGUUUAGGUUUUUAAAUUUUUUUAACUCACAAAUAGAGAAAAGGGAAAGAUGUUUGGCUCAUUUGGUAUUACCAACCCUUAAAUACUCAUCCUCAUCAUAUUCUCUGGGAGGGCUCUGGCAGAAGUAUAAUUGAUUUUAAGGUUUUGCCUAAAGAGGGGAAUUUGAUAGCAACCAACUCCACAACAAAAUUUGAACCAGAACAACCAGUUAACCCCUCUCAGCUUCUUUGUAAUGCCAAGCUUUAUAGAAAUUUUAUUCUGUAUGUGGUCUUGAACUUUUCUUAAUGUCCAAUUUUAUAAAAUGUUAUGCAUGCAAAUGCAGCAUUGUGCUCAUUGUACCAGCUACCUUAAACUCAUUCCCUCCUUCGUAUGUAUGAUGGUGAAGAAAUAUCAAUAUGUAUGUUCUGAUGUCUCCUGAUCCAUUGUAAAUUAUAAACCUUUUCAUUAAUUUUUAAAUGAGACAUAUUUACUCUGGCUAGUAGUUACACUUUUAUUCUUUUUAUUAUAUUUCAUUGCUACUUUUUUCUACUGACUCCAAAGCUUGCUUUGGGGAAUAUUUCUUAUUUCUAGAUUGUUGUAUUUAUCUUAUCUCUAUAAUUAUCUAUAGUCACAGAAUGUUAGAGCUGAAAGGGACCACCCUUUCUCAUUUUGUAGAUGAGGAAACCAAGGCCAGGAAAGGUCAUAUAGCUUAUCUAAGGUCAUGUAGCUAGUCGAGGCAGGACUUCGCCUCAAUUCCAGGUCUCCUGCAUCUGGGCCUAGUGUUUUGCCAUUUAAAGCACUACCGCUGUAGAAAAUCCACCGCUGGCUUCUACUUUUAUGACUCAUGAAUUUCCUAGGUUAAAAAAAUUUUUCUUUAAAGGAAAAAUUCUCCAGCCAGGUAUUUAGCUCAGUGGUUC